AGCACGCACAAGUUUUCCUGCUGUGGAGCUGAAGCUAUCCUGCUGUGGAGCUGAAGCUACCCUUCAACAGCCAAAACUAAGCGAAAACUAAUUUGAGAAAACGAGUCUUUGGAGAGAGGAAGACUUAAAAACAACAACAACAAAAACAAAGGAUCUAUCCCAGGUCAGACGUUGUGUGUCUUAACUCCCAGUGGUCUGUGGUCCUCUGCCAGUGCUGAAAAAUGAGUCUGAGCACCAGUGAUUUGGAGGACCUGUGGGAGUCGUGGGGGUAUUUCAACUUUUCUGAAGCCAUUGGCAACCUAUCAGGUGUGGAUGCAACAAUAUGUGUCACGGCGUUCAGCCGCGGCGCACUGCUCAAAUGCAUGUGUGUUCUCUACACGUUUAUCUGCAUCGUCGGUCUGGCUGCUAAUGCUCUGGUCCUCUGGGUCAACAUUUGUCGUCAAAGAGACUCCACUCACCGCCACGAGACACAUAUGUACAUCACCCACCUGGCAGUCGCAGACCUAUGUGUGUGUCUCACUUUGCCUGUGUGGGUUAUCUCACUGGCCAAGCACGGCCACUGGCCCUUUGGUGAAGUGGCGUGUAAACUCACACACCUGAUGUUCUCUGUCAACCUCUUCAGCAGCAUCUUCUUCCUGGCAUGCAUGAGUGUGGACCGCUACCUAUGUGUGAAGCGACAUGGAGACAACGAGGGAGGUGCGCGCAGGAAGCUAAUUCGCCCAAUAGCGUGUUUGGGGGUGUGGCUUCUGGCUCUGGUUGCCUCCUUGCCAGACACUUACUUCCUGCAUACUGUGAAGUCAUCCCAUGGGGACACCGUGCUGUGCAGGCCUGUGUACCCAGAGGCAAACCCCAGGGAGUGGAUGGUGGGAGUGCAGCUGAGCUUCACCCUGCUGGGCUUUGUUCUCCCCUUCCCAGUUAUUGCAGUGUUCUAUGCCCUGCUAGCCAGAGCUUUCAAUCGCUCAUCUUCUUCUUCAUCCUCCACAUUAGACCAGGAGCGUCGUGUGAGCUGCAGGGUGAUCCUGGCUUACAUCGUAGUUUUCCUGGGAUGCUGGGGACCGUACCACAGCGUUCUCCUGGCUGAUGCCCUCUCUCAGCUGGGUCUGGUGCCUCUGACCUGUGGCCUAGAGAAUGUGCUCUAUGUGGCCUUACACCUCACCCAGUGCCUGUCCUUGCUCCACUGCUGUUUCAAUCCCAUCCUCUACAACUUCAUCAACAGAAACUACCGUUAUGACCUCAUGAAGGCCUUCAUCUUUAAAUACUCCACAAGGACGGGCUUGGCACGCCUCAUUGAGACAACCAACAUGUCCGAUGCUGAGUACUCUGCCGUAGCUGUAGACAACCCACCAUUGAUCUGAAUCUACUCUAUGAGCAUUUUUUGAACACUGUUGCUAAAUCUAUGACUAUAAUGCAAUGUAAACAUAUGUUACAACUGAUUUGUCGUUAUCACAAUCUAUUCACUAUCAGCAAUAUGCUUUAUAUUAGAUAGCAUGAGAAGAAAGAAAGAAAAAGCAAUUGUCUUUACAGAUGAGGUAAGUAGAACAUUGUGAAGUUGUGAAUAACGACUUUGAUGGACUGAUUGAAAAAGCACUUAGUUUUAUUACAUGGAGCUGAAACUGAAAUCAUAUAAAUAUUGUUAGUCAUUUUUAAAACCAAAAUAAUGACUAUGUGUAAAAUCAUUGCCUUUAUAUGGUAUGUAGGAUUGUAUUUGGUUUGUGUCUGUAAAUAUGCCAUUGGGUUUGAGGGAAGCAAAAAAAAAUCCUCCCUCGACUUUGUGUAUAAUCUGAUGGGCAUUGAUAGUAUUAGCAGAGUAAUAUUUUUAAUCUUUCAAGUUGUAUUUAUGUAUGUUUUAGCUGUUUUUUGUCGUUUUUUUGCCUCUUUCAAGUUGUAAUUCAUACACUGAUAUCUGCGAAGUGCUCCACUUCAUACAAUGCUGCCUCAUCAUUUUAGUCACUCCACUGACAGGCUCAGUGUUCAAGUCCUGCUGUCUUAUUAUUAAUCAUAGCAUUUUGUCACAUCAGUUCAAUCCUUCAGAUAAUUAAUAUAAAUCAAUUUGGAGUCGUUGCAUGCAGCUACGGUCUUUGAAUUAUCAAGUAAAUGUGUGUUCUGUGGGUCAUACUUCAACAUUUUGGGGAAAUAUGCUCAUUUUCUUUCUUGCUGACAGUUAGAUGUGAAGCUACAGCUGGCUUGCAGUUGGCAUAGCUUAGCAUAACGACUAGAAGCAGAGGGAAACUGCUAGCCAGGCUGUGUCCAAAAGUAACAAAACCUGCCUACUAGCACAUCUAAAGCUCAGUAACUAAUAUGUUACGUCUUGUUUGUUUAAUCCGUCCUUCAACAUCCCCUACAAAUAAUUUACAGUGCAAAUCAACUUUAUAGUUUUAUUUUCAUUCUUAAAAUUUCCAAAAUGUUGUCUGAAUGCUUCAACUGGGACUACUGAGAUUAAAGAGCUGAUAGAUGUAUCUCCCAUAUCCUCUGAAAUGUACAGUAUGAAUACUGUACUGUCUCUUUGCUUUGUAUCAUCAAAUGGUACACAUAUUUAUGUGGUUUUAUCCUGCUGUGUCAGCACAUAGACCACAGACAGUUAAGACAUUUAUGACCAAAUAUAGACUGAAAAGCUUUAUUGCGCUCAUGUACUGAAGGCUGCAGCUGUGAUGCGCAACAACCAAGUGUUUAUUAGGGACCAAAUAACGAAAACGUCACUGCAUAACUUUGACGGUUGUGUGCGUGUGUGUGCAUGUGCGUGUGUGGAUAUGUGUCACCGCUUGACACUAAGAUACAAAUGUUUUAUGUGUCAUAAACAUUGAGUUACAUAGUUUUCUUACUAUCUGUUUUAGGAAGGAACACACUCGUUUGAUAUGCUGACAUAGAGCCUAUUGUGUCAUGUGAUUGGUUACACAUGUAUGCUUUUACACUGACUUUAUGCGAUUAGAAAAGACUUGAGACACAAGCAUAUGUCUGCAAGAACAGAGGCAUUCCUUUGGUAUUGUAAUGUGUAACAUGUGUUUUGUUAUGUAUUAAAUACGGAGAAAAUG